UAUGCCUGAUUUUAAUAUUCGAUCAUUUGAUUAAAACAUAUUCAUACUGUUUUAUCAACGAGUUUAAAUUAAUUCAUUUUAUGUAAAAAUGUUACGUAUUUAAUCGUAAAGAGUGGUGGAAAGACUGGAGUCAUACUUCUUGUGUUAACUAUCUUAUAUUCAGUCUAUUAAGUAAUUCUUCUCGAGAUUUAUCUACUCAGUCUUUCAGUGUUUACAGAAACAUCAGUCGUAAAAUGAGUCAGAAAAAAGUUAUGAAUUUUGGUGCUGGACCUGCCAAACUCCCAGAAGAGGUACUAAAAGAUGUUCAAGCUGAGCUACUUAGUUUUAACAACACAAGCAUCAGUAUUCUUGAGCUAAGCCAUCGAUCUACUGAUUAUGCUAAAGUUAAUCAAAAUGCUCAAGAUCGUCUUCGAGAACUAUUAAACAUUCCUGAUAAUUUUAAAGUUUUAUUUAUGCAAGGAGGUGGAACUGGAAUAUUUGCUGCAGUGCCUCUCAACCUUAUCAGUAAAUCAGGAACCGCUGACUACAUUGUAACCGGUUCUUGGUCAGCGAAAGCUGCUAAAGAAGCUGCUAAGUACGGAUCAAUCAAUAUUGUUCAUCCACCAAUGACAAAAUAUACUGAGGUACCAAAUCCAUCAAUUUGGAAUCUUAAUCCAAAUGCAUCCUACGUAUACUACUGUGAUAAUGAAACCAUUCAUGGUGUCGAGUUUAAUUUCAUCCCAGAAACAAAUGGAGUUCCUAUUGUUGCUGAUAUGUCCUCUAAUUUUCUAAGCAGAAAAUUUGAUGUCUCUAAGUUUGGCGUAAUUUAUGCUGGAGCUCAAAAAAAUAUUGGACCCUCUGGAGUUACAGUUGUAAUCGUGCGAGAAGAUCUCUUAGGUAACGCAAUGACAGUAUGUCCUUCAAUUCUUGACUUUGCUGUUAAUGCAAAGGAGAACUCUAUCUACAACACACCACCAACUUUUCAAAUUUAUUUCAUUGGAAAAGUAUUUGAUUGGAUAAAAAAAAAUGGAGGAGUAGAAGGUAUGGAAAAUUUGGCUAAACAGAAAAGCAAGCUCAUCUAUGAUAUUAUUGAAGAAUCAAAUGGUUUCUACUCGUGUCCGAUUGAUCCAAAAUGUCGAAGUCGUAUGAAUUUACCUUUCAGAAUUAAUAAUAAUGAUGAAGAACUGGAGAAGAAAUUUUUGGCGGGUGCUGUUGAACUUGGAAUGCUUCAACUCAAAGGUCAUAGAUCUGUUGGAGGGAUUCGUGCAUCUCUAUACAAUGCCGUAACCCUUAAAGAAACUGAAGCACUUGCUGAUUAUAUGAAAAAAUUCCUUCAAACUCAUAAGAAAUAAAUUAACAAAAUAAAAUUAAACAAAAGUAUCUAAUACUUACUCUUAUUAUAUUUUUUGAUAUUAAUAUUUUUAUUUUAUUGAAAAAUAAUAAACAUUUUU